CUGGGCGGGCCUACGAGCGCGGCGCCUGCGUGCCUGGCUGCUGGGCCCCGGCGGCGGCGGAGCUCCUGGGGCUGGCUGGGGCUCUGGCUCGGCGGGAGAUGGCGGAGGCAGCGCUGCCCAACUCAGGGGUGUUAAAUCCAGAUGCAACUGACUUCAUUCCAAGGGAAAGGAAAACUUUUGGUCUCAAUUGGAGCAGACAGUCUACCUUGGAACUGGACCAGGAUUCAAGCAGAAACAUACGGCCUCCUAUUCAACCUAGGCACAGUAAAUAUGAAACUCCUUCUGCGGAUCGUCGGAGUUUUUACAGUCCAGAGAACCAGCGUAGAGGUCAGUCAGAUUCUCCACUGUUCAGCAGUAUGGGUAAAACUAAGGGCCGCAGUCUACAUAGUCAGCGGUGGCAGAGGUCAAGGAAUGAGAGAACACAUGGCAAAAAUCAGGUAAAGCAUGCAGCUGCAGGGAUGUCAGAAGAACCUGUGGGUUCAGAUGCCAGAUUGGUUCCAGGGCGGAGGAUGAAUCCUCGAGACUACAGUGACAACUCUUCAGAUAGCGAGAAAGAAAGUGCUAAUGCAGAUAGCAGAGGAGCAAAGCCAAAGAAGACAUAUUUGACGCAUUCACGUGGAAGAGGGUUGAAAGAAAAGGAGAAACAUCCACCUGAAAGGGAGAAAAGAAUACCCCCUAAAUGGAAGGACAAGGCCUUUGAUAACACACCAGCAGUAGAUCUGAUUCAGUCGGACUCUUCUGAAACAUCUUUUGGAAAAGCAGUGUCUGAUGGCUUUUCUGACAAUAGCAUUGCACGGAGAAAGUAUCCUUUUGGAAACAGAUAUUUUAGGGACCCUGUGUGGAAUAAGGAAACUGGCAAAAGGCAAGAUAUGUCCAGGAGUAAAAACAUGAAACAUGUUAAGAAUGCCUCCCUUCCCCAUCCUCCCAAAGAACGCAGCAGUGAUAAGAGGAAAGAAACUGUGCUACGUGAAAGAGGUUCAAAUUCUGUGACUGUGGCACAGACACAAACAAUGUGUGAAGCAUCUACAUGUGAUGGGAGAAAGCCUCUCCUUCACGAGGGAUAUAAAAAUAGGCGCUGGAAAAAACAAAAUGAUGCACCAAAGAGCAAGGAAACUCAUACAGGGUCUCUGAUAGAGCAGCUUACCUCAGAAAAAUAUGAAUGUAUGGUAUGUUGUGAGGUGAUCCGUGUGGUAGCUCCAGUGUGGAGCUGUCAGAAUUGCUAUCAUGUAUUUCAUUUGAGCUGCAUAAAGAAGUGGGCAAGAUCUCCAGCAGCACAGACUGAAGAUGGCAACAGUGGUUGGCGAUGUCCUGCUUGUCAAAACGUUUCAGCCCAAGUUCCUAAUAUUUAUACCUGUUUUUGUGGUAGGGUAAAAAACCCUGAAUGGAAUAGAAAUGAAAUUCCACAUAGUUGUGGAGAGCUGUGUAGAAAGAAAAGGUCAGCUCAAGAUUGUCCACACUUGUGUAAUAUUCUCUGUCAUCCAGGACCUUGCCCAUCAUGCCCUGCUUUUAUGACCAAAAAAUGUGAAUGUGGACGUACAAGCCAUUCUGUUCGCUGUGGGCAUUCUGCUGCAAUUCAGUGUACUAAUAUAUGCAGGAAUGUUUUGAAUUGUAGUAAACAUAACUGUACCCAGAUAUGCCAUUCAGGAAAAUGCCAGCCAUGUGAAUUGACUGUCAAACAAGUUUGUUACUGUGGGAGUACUUCUCGAGAAGUGCUGUGUGGGGCUAGUGAUGAACAUUUCUCCUGUCUGAGAACUUGUGGCAAAAAAUUAUCCUGUGGAAUGCAUACCUGUGCACAAGUAUGCCACCCCCAGUCAUGUCAACCCUGCCCACGACUUCCACAAAUAGUGCACUGUUGCCCUUGUGGACAGACGCCUCUUAGUAAAUUAUUAGAGCUGGGUUGUCCAGAACGUAAACUCUGCACAGAUCCCAUCCCAUCAUGUGGAAGAACAUGUGGAAAACCUCUGCCUUGUAGUAGCUAUGAUGCUGUUCAUACAUGUGAAAACCUCUGCCAUGAAGGAGAAUGUGGGCAGUGUUCUCGCACAUCAAAAGUUUACUGUAGAUGUGCCUUAAAAACAAAGGAAGUUCCCUGUGCCUCUCUCAAAAAUCAAGUUGAUGUUGCAUUCUUAUGUGAUAAGCGAUGCAACAAGAAGUUAUCAUGUGGACGACAUAAGUGUAGUGAAAUUUGCUGUGUGGAUAAGGAGCACAAGUGUUCUUUGAUUUGUGGACGAAAACUCAACUGUGGUAUCCAUAGAUGCGAAGAACCAUGUCACCGUGGCAACUGCCAGAAGUGUUGGCAGACCGGUUUUGAGGAAUUAACUUGUUACUGCGGUGAAUCUGUGAUUUAUCCACCAAUACCUUGUGGUACUCGACCACCAGAAUGUAAAAAACCAUGUACUAGACCUCAUGAAUGUGAUCAUCCAGUGUAUCAUUCCUGUCAUAGUGAAGAGAAGUGCCCCCCCUGUACCUACCUUGUUCAGAAAUGGUGUAUGGGAAGGCAUGAAUUGCGGAGCAACAUUCCCUGUUACCUCACUGACAUCUCUUGUGGUCUUCCUUGUGAUCGAAUGUUAAAAUGUGGAAUGCACAAAUGUAAAAGAAUCUGCCACAAGGGGGAAUGCCUCAUAGAUGAAGAGUGCAGGCAGCCGUGUACUAUUCUUCGACUUCACUGUAAUCAUCCAUGUAUGUCCCCAUGCCAUCCAUCUUUACCCUGUCCUACGACAUCUUGCAGUUCAAAGGUUGAACUUCAGUGUGAAUGUGGAAGAAGAAAGGAGACUAUGAUUUGUUCAGAGGCAUCAAGCACUUUUCAAAGAAUAGCUGCUAUAUCUAUAGCUUCCAAAUUAACAGAUCCACAGUUUGGAGAUUCAAUAGAGAUAAGCAGAUUGAUAACCAAGAAGGAAAUGAAGCAAACCAGGUUACAAUGUGAUGAGGAAUGCUUGGCUCUUGAAAGAAACAGGCGGUUUGCUGAGGCUCUUCAUAUUGAUGACAGUUCCGACCCUUUUAAUGUCCGUGCCUCUACACCUAAGUACAGCGAUAUCUUGAAAGAGGAUGGCAGAAAAGAUCUAAAGUUUGUCAAUGAAGUUGAGAAAGAAAUGAAAGCUCUUAUAGAAGCAGUCAAUAAGAGCAAGCAUACAAAGAAGAGUCACUGCUUCCCACCCAUGAAUAGAGAACACCGCCGAAUCAUCCAUGAGCUUGCUCAAGCUUACGGCAUUGAGAGUGUGAGCUAUGAUAACGAACCAAAGCGCAAUGUUGUUAUCAGUGCGGUGAAAGGGAAAUCAGUCUGUCCGACGGUUUCUCUGACAUCGUUGCUUACCAAGGAGAGGCAGACUAGACCCCCACCACCUAUUCCUCAUCAUAAACAAUCAGAGAAGCAUGGGAAUAUCAACACAGAGAGAGGAGCCAAAGAGGAGCCAAUAAUUGACUACUUUGAUGUACAGGACUGAAAAGAUCAACAUGGAAUUAUGCUGCUGAAGAAUGAAAGUAAAGCUGUUGGUGUGUUCAGGAUCAUUUUUGUCAAAAUGCACUCUAUUUAGUCUGUUCAGAUGUCCUUGUGGAAAUAGCAGAUGAAGACAAAUUAUCCAUCACUUUUUAAACAUAAUGUGAGAGACGUAACCAGUUUUGGGUGAAUGAACAUAUUUUCUAAUGAAAUAUAUAUCCAUAGUUAAUUUCUGAUGUAAGGCUUGGAGUAUUUUAGAACUAAAUUAACAAGUGGUAUCUAAUGCAUUCAGCUGUAUAAAAUAAGUGAAUUCCUUUUUAUUUGGGUUAUGCUUCUUGGUACAAGACUAGAGAAAAAAAAGUGGCUCUGUGCAGGUCAUCUCUUCACACAGUUACAGUCAUAUAAGGGGAGAAUGGGGGCUGCACAUACUGGCCCUGCACCAAAUCUCUUCUCCCAAGUCCCAUUCCUCCAUACACGUGAAAUGGAAAAAACAGGCAUUAGGGGAGUUGCUUUACAUAUGUUGCCCCCUACUGUGAUAUAGAUCCCUCAUCUCCUGUGAAGAGUAGGUCAGUUCAGAGUCACCUCCUCCCCUGCACGCACACACACAAAAGCAGGCUGACAAAGGUGCAGGGCCAAGGCCAACACAGUUUUCUGCUCACCCUCCAUGCUGUUGUAAACAUGUUGGGGACUAGUACCCAAAAAGGUCUAAUAUCACUAAUAACUAUCAGCUGAAGUAAACAUGAGUUGUCGUGGUUGAAAUGUGAAUGAAGAAAGGUUCAGAUUAUAUUCAUGGUUCCAGAUAAAUUUAUAAAAAUCAUUUUUAGGUAAUAAAGCGUCAAUCCCAUUAGCAUUUUUGAUCUAGAGCACCUUGUGAACAGUAAAACUGGUGAGUCGUUACAUUUUUACCCAUAGUUUGUUUCUGAACUUUCCAGGUACAGAUAAUGUCAGGUGCCUAAUGAAUGAAUGGGUUAGAAUAGUAUUCAGUUGUCAGUCUUUAUUUUAGAAACCCACUUCUUUCUUAUUGUUCACUUAGGGUUGUGUGCACAGCUGUGCUGGGCUUGUGGUGAUAAAAAAUAAACUUUUAGGUUAAUGAGGAAAGAAAUUCUGGUCAGAAUGUAACUGAGCAUGGCUGUUGUAUUUAGGAAAAAAAAUUGCCAACAAUGUCCUUCCUUCUUGGAACCUGUCAGUUUUCUUGUCAGCUGCUGUAAGAGGCAGACAUGUGUAUGCUAUCCUCUUUUUCACCUUUUCUUAGUGGGCAGCUUCUUAUAAUCAGCUGUCACAGUUACAGUAGUGCCAACAUUGACACUUCUUGCUGAAAAUGUAGCAUUGGUGUUACCUGAGGAUAUACUUUAGUCAGUAUUGUCUGUUCUGUGCCACUGGUUCCUUGACUUUGCAUAAAAAGUUUCAAGCAGCCUUUUAUUAUUGUGCAGGAAAUAUUGAAGGCAAUUAUACUACCCAUAUUUGGCUUGUGAAUAAAUGAACAUAUAAAAUAUUGUUGCAUUAUGACUUGGAAUAGAGAGAGGGACUUGGAAUUGGCCUCCUAAUAGCUAAACACUCUAACAUAAAAAGUCUCAAAUCAUAGCAUAAUUUUGAUCUGCUGUACACAGAAGCAUAGAAUUAGAUAAAGCAGCCCUUAACAUAUUUGCACCUCUUAUUCUUCACUUAGACAGUUUGUUUACCUAUUCUGCAUGUACACACAAAUGUUUUAGAUAACUCAUUACAACAUAACAAUGUACCUCAUCAAAGAAAUGGUGGAAUUUUGUUUCACAGGAGUAUAGGUGAAUACUUACUUGGCAUUGUUAGCCAAAAUGCCUAAAACCUGAGCACAAUGGUGCCUUUUCCAAACAUCUUAAAGGAAGAGCCCACUCCCUUUUCUAUGUACAUGUGGUAAAGUUAUGUCAUUGUUGCCCCCAUCAAAGGAUUGCUUCCUGUACGGUUGGGUCUUUGCAUAUCCCAAAUAGUUUUUGUGUUCGCCUCACCAAUAUUAAUAUUUUUAUUAAAUUUAUAUUUAACAGAGGAAGCAACAAAUACACGUCAGUGCAGAAUGAAUCCAAGUGAAUAUGGAGUCAUGCUCAGCAAAUCAAGCAUAGUUAAGAUGCACAUUUCUUUUCACCUCUUGUUUUGGGAAGGGUUUUCACAUCUGCACAAGCUGACGUGCAGAUAAUUCUGCAUGUGGUUAUAGAAUGCAAUGCCUUUUUGUGUCAACUCCCUUGGCCAAAGUCCAUGAGUGCAGAAAGAUUUAUUCUCAGUUUGCUAUUUUCAUACAGUGUGUUGUGUUCUUAAGUGAUUGGUUCUUCUUCUGUUGCUUGGUGAAAAAUGCCAUGUAGACAUUAAUGGAUCUGGUAUUCCCUUUGCUGGUUUUGCAAAAUUUUGGCAUGUCUUACAUGGAGCUGAAUUCUCAGCUAUUGUUUUGAAAUUACAAUUUUCAUUUGUUUACAUAUGAUAAUAUCGUUUUUGCAUUAUCUGGUACGUGAAGUGAAAGGAAAAACCUGUUGAAAGCAAAUGUUGCAAACUCUUCUAUUUUGCAAUUAUGAAAUAGGCAAUUCAAUUUAUAUAUGCAGAUGCCUGAUGCAGGUAGAGGUUAAGGCUGAUACUUUGUAAUAUUUACAUAUAUUCAAAAUUGCUUGGAUUACUCAAUGCUCUCUGUGCACCAAUUUGUGUGUAAGCUAAAGUUGUGAAAAUUGCUAUGGAAACCAUUCCUUAUGCCAUUUCUCAUGAUGUAUUUCAUGAUGAAGUAAAGAAUAUUGAUUUAUGAUCGUUUUUAA